GUCAGGAAAACGAUUUAGAGCUUUGAAUCAUUACUGACUGGGCUACUAUUUGCUAGCUCGCUGACACUGGUCAAUCAUGUACAAAGUGUAUUUACAAAGUAUAUGUAUAAGUAGCAAAUGUAACGCACCAACUGAAAAUAUACUUUUUGGUGCUAUUUUUGGAUAUUUGGAAAAUAUACGAAUAUACCGUUGACUCAACAUAACCUACUUGUUUGAGGAAAGGAUUGACUAGCUAACCUUACCAGGCAACUUUGAGUGUUUGCUAAGGUCAAUACUAAAUUGUUGUGAAAUUUAGCUAGUGUCAGGUGUUUUGGUUCAUGACAUCACUUCAUUAAUUAUCAAUGGUUUGAUAGUUACUGAAUUAUAAUAUCAGUACAGCAACUUAAAGCAGAAUAAGACAUGGAUACAGACCUGUCAAGAACUACAGGUGUGUGUUGGAAAGUGUGUGUGCAUUCAUGAGGCUCAACUGUCAUGUCUAAAACUGUCAAUCACUUCCGUACAAUAAAACUGUAUCAUUUCCGUACAAUAAACCAUGCCAUGUUUAUUGUACGGAAAUAUAUUUCUGGAUAUAUCAAGGUCAACUGAACUUGUGAAAAUGACAGAACAUUAUUCCUAAAAUUAAUUUGGGGUGAUACAACCCCAAUUCCAAAAAAUGUAUAAAAUGUAAAUCAAAACAGAAUGCAAUGAUUUACAAAUCUCAUAAACCCAUAUGUUAUUCACAAUAGAACAUAGAAAACAUAUCAAAAGUUUAAACUGAGGAAAUGUACCAUUUUAAGGCAAAAAAAAAGGUCAUUUUGAUUUUGAUGGCCGCAACAUGUCUCAAAAAAGUUGGGACGGGGGCAACAAACUGUAAUAAAAACUUGUUUGAGGGAAACCAUUGUACUUAACUGUCUUCAUUUGGCAUUCAUGCUGUGUGUACAAUCUCAAGUGACCUUCAUAUCAAGACAGUGGAGUACUGUGUGUAUUCAGAACAUUCUAGCUAGGCUAGUUUUGCAUAUUAUACUAAAUGGAAUUUAAAAAACAUAUUGCUGCUUUGAAUGAUCAGUUAUAUGCAUCAUUGUACCAUAAGUCCAGUGAAAUUGUCUUAAUACUGAAAGACAAUGUUUUCUUAUACUUUUCUUUUAGUUUGCUUCAAAGAAAGAACUGUAACUUCAGUGUGCCUCUGCCAGUACAACCACAUGUAUGGGUGUUGAAUUACCAACAUACCAAAGUGCCAAGUUGACAUUUGGAACCAGUCCAAAAUAUAUAUUUACUCUUUUCUGUGAAGAUGAUCAGAAAGCUUAAUAGUCCUUAGCUAGUAUUUACUUCCGAGCAGAACAUAUUUUAAUAUAACAAUUAGCCAAUCAAUAAUAAUUGAUUUUUCAGAUUUUCACAAUCAAGGAAGUGUCCAGGAUUGCAGAUUACGUAAUUGUGGUCAGUGAAUUUUUCAAAAAGGUGUGUCCAGAGCAUGUUGAUUUAGAAAUGCUUACAGUAUAUUAGGCUAUAUAUACACCUCGAUCUACUGUGCGAGAUUCACAACAACAGGCUGAGAAAAGCUUCAGGUUCAGGACAAAAUAUGGCUACAGACAAGUACAAGAUCUUCAAUGACUCUGUCCAUGGCCAUAUCACGAUGCAUCCUCUGCUGGUUCAAAUCAUUGACACACCAGAAUUUCAGCGCCUGAGGAACAUCAAGCAGCUGGGAGGAGGGUAUUUUGUCUUUCCAGGAGCUUCUCACAACCGAUUUGAACACUCCAUUGGCGUGGCUCAUCUGGCAGGGAAACUCGUACAAAGUCUCAGAGCUCAAGGAAAUGAUAUAACUGAGAAAGAUGAACUCUGUGUUCAGAUUGCAGGAUUGUGUCAUGACCUGGGUCACGGCCCUUUCUCUCAUGUAUUUGAGGUUUUCAUGAAGGAGGUAAAACCAGAAUUGAAUUGGAAGCAUGAAGCAGCAUCUGUCAAAAUGUUUGAACAGCUGAUCAAAAACAUCGGAAAGAAGAAUGAAACGAUUAAGAAAAUCAUGGAAGAUGACUAUAAAUUGGAAAAACAUGACAUUAAGUUUAUCAAAGAGCUCAUCUAUAGCAAAGAAAAGCUUAAUUCAGCUGAAGAUACUAAAGAGACUGAAACUGAAAAACGAGACAAACAAAGACGCAAGGACAAUCCCUACUUAUAUGAGAUUGUGGCCAAUGAAUGCACAGGUAUUGAUGUCGACAAAAUGGAUUAUUUCAGCAGAGAUUGCCUCCAUCUGGGAAUGAAAAGCAACUUCUCCCAUGAGCGCUUUGUGAUGUUUGCACGAGUUUCCACCAACGAGGACGGUGAAAAGCAGAUCUGCAUGAGAGAUAAGGAAGCACUGAACAUGUAUGAACUCUUUCAUGUCCGCUACCUGCUUCACUACAAUGCCUACCAACACAGGGUUAAGGUGGCAGUUGAAAUGAUGAUUGUUGACGCACUUUUGGCAGCUGAUGAAGAUGACUUUAAGCUGGAUGGCAUGAAAAUCUCUGAGGCAGUAAAUUAUCCUGCAACAUACCUGAAACUCACAGAUAACAUUCUUCAGGAAAUCAAGGGCUCAUCAGAAAAAGCAAAGGAGAUCAUUAAUAGAAUUGAGAAACGUGAUCUUUACAGCUUUGUUGAUAGCAGAAUCUUCAAGUCCGAUGAGCUGAAAGAUUUGAACGAUGCACAAAAGCAAGAGAAAUGGCAGAAGUGGAUAGAAGAAAAAUCUGACAAAGAUAAACUUACUGUCAAGACUGCCAAAUUAAAUUAUGGAAAGGAAGAGGAAGAUCCAAUCAAACAUCUCAGAUUCUACAGGAAAAACAACCCUGACGCAGCAGUGGAACUGGAGGAACAUGAGGUUUCAUACCUUCUGCCCAAAAGCUUUGCUGAAAUCAAGGUGAUGCUUUUCUACAAAGGUGUUCCAAAGCUCCCAGAAAACCCACCCACUAAAGGAUUAUCAGAUGAAAAACCAAGUGAGGGAUCAAGUAAAAAAUCAAGCUAGGAAUCAAGCAGAAGUCAAGAAUAGAGGAUUCCAGCAAAGAAUCAACUGAAAAGCAAAGCUGUAAUGCUGUUGAAACAAAUGUCAAUUUUAUAAA